AUGACCGUCACCCGCGCAAAAGCAGAGUUUCGCUUGAACGAUGUCGACAUCGCCGACCUCUCAUGCCAAACACGUCCCAAUCUUUAUAAUCUGAGAGGUCCACCUAUGCGCAUCUACAUGGUCCGCGACCUUCGACGCAAAAGCGAUGAAAAGCACCAGGCAAUGAACACAACCCUCGAGAAAGCAGCACAGAAAGCGAGAGAGACAAAAAGAAAGCGUCAAGAGAACAGCGAUGCCGCCCAAGAGACACGACGCGAAGCUUUGACACAAGCUUUAGCAGAAUAUCGACUGAGAUUUCUACCGGAAGGCAAGCUUUGCAAGGCUUAUCUCACCGAUCGAUGGCGCGGAUUUGGCAAAAGGUGGACGUUGGAGGAGGUUGUUUCCCGUCUGCGCGACAUUCACAUCAUCAACGCACACAUCCCCAACUUUGUCGACUUACUGGACUCGUUUCUCUGGAGCCACGGCGGAAGCAUGACCUUGGAAGAGGCAGAAGCGGCAGCUGAGCGCGACGCAUUGAGACGCUUCCAUGAACGUCAACCGUAUUGGGAAGCAAGGGGCCACAGAUGUCAUUGCGGUGUUUUCAUCCCAUGA